GAACAAGUGUGGUUGCACCGACACCGGUACAUAGGCGCGGGCCGGCGUGUCCUUGGGCUAGAGCGCGGGACGUCUGUCCUCGAGUCCGAACGUUCGCGGUGUUGACCAGCCCGGAGCGAAUUGAAAAUGGGUGAUGUUGAAAAAGGCAAGAAGAUUUUUGUUCAGAAGUGUGCCCAGUGUCACACUGUGGAAAGGGGAGGCAAGCAUAAGACUGGACCAAAUCUCCAUGGUCUGUUUGGGCGGAAGACAGGCCAGGCUGCUGGAUUCUCUUACACAGAUGCCAACAAGAACAAAGGCAUCACCUGGGGCGAGGACACCCUGAUGGAGUAUUUGGAGAAUCCCAAAAAGUACAUCCCUGGAACAAAAAUGAUCUUCGCUGGAAUUAAGAAGAAGGGAGAAAGGGCAGACCUAAUAGCUUAUCUUAAAAAGGCUACUAAUGAGUAAUUCCACUGCCUUAUUUAUUACAAAACAAAUGUCUCAUGGCUUUUAAUGUAUACCAUAAUUUUAAUUCAUACAGCAAAUUCAGAUCAUGAAUGGCUAGCAAUGUUCUUGUUGGACAGUCCUGAUUUAAGUAAAACUGACUUGUCGUAAAGUGGGUACGGUCUUUUUUAAAGCCACGAUUCCAGUUGUAUACAUGAUACCACUGCUCUCCCUUUCUCAAGAUAAGAUUGGACUUAAUUAGUAAUGUUUUACUUUCCAUAAAUACGGGCAUGUCGCCUCAAACCUAUUAAAUGGUUUUAUACUUAGAUUUAUAUAACUGGACAUAUGAAUAUGCUUAAACACUGGGAAAAUUGUAGCACUGUCUCAGAAACAAGACUCACCUGUGUUUCAGUUUGUGUUCACCAGCCUCUUACAGGCCUUGGCUAACCACAAGGAGGCAACUGUCUAUUGACAGUGCAGUUUUAAUUAGAAUUCCCUACGUCAAGGAUGCUGCCUUUUACCACUGAAAGGCAUUUACUGUGGUUUAUGUAUGAUAUCAAAUAAAGAGUAUUUAACACUUCUUUAUAGUUGAUCUGCAAAUUAAAAUGCUUUUAGGAACAAGCAAGUUAGGCCUUUUAAAUUCUCUAUUUUCUAAGACUAAGUUGUAAUUCAGAAUUGUCCUUAAAUACCCACUCAGAAACACCUAACUGGAAUUUGAUUAGGAAUGGGACUCUUUGCUAACUUACUAGAUGGAAAGAUGAGAAUAAAGGAAAUAGUUUGUAUCAACAGUAAGAAGAUAAUUAAAAACAAUCACAGAUCAUGA